CUCCAGUUAAUGCUACAGGACACUAGGAGAACUCCCCCUUAGACAAGAGCUGCAGACUGAAGAGGAAGCAAGUCCAGAUCUGUCCAGAAUUUCCCGCUGCCUUCAGUGGAAAGAGAGUAAGACAGAGCGAGAGAGUGCAAGAGAGAGUGACUCCCACACAAUGCGGACCCUUAUCCUCCUCACGCUCCUCGCUGUUUUGAUGGUGGCAGCUUUCUGCUAUGAGUCCUACGAGAGUAUGGAAUCCCAUGAGUUUGUCAAUCCCUUCAUUAACAGACGAAAUGCCAACGACUUCAUGAGACCUCAGCCAAGACGAAACCUCAUGGUGCAGGAGAGGAUCAGAGAACGCUAUAAGACCCCCCAGGAACGCCAGCGAGAGAUCUGCGAGGAUUACAACCCCUGUGAGCGCUACGCCAUGCACCAUGGCUAUAUCGCUGCCUAUAAGCGCUACUUUGGGCAGCGGAGGGGCAAAUUUGAGUAACAAGUUCCCAUCCCUGGUGCCUGGAGCCCGGGUUCUGUACCUAGAAAGAGCAAUGUCUCUGAAACCUAUUAAGUUGCUUGUUAACUAUAUGUUAUCCUGCCUGCCCACUGCUUCACUCACCUGUAACCAAGGAUUCCUAGAUUUUGUGUUAAUUAGCCCAAUGCUGCUGUAGAGGAGGUUGGACAGGAGCCAGGAUGUGGGUGUUUAUUACCCAAUAAACUGUUGGUUUGUUACUA